AUGGAAAGCUAUAGAGCAAGAGCACCCCAGGUGGAGGGAGCUGGGAGUGCAAAGGCCCUGACCAUCCUGGGCCGGGUGAGGUCCACGGGGGAGUUCCUCGCCCUGCGCCUGGUCACCAGAGGUCACCAGCCCUGCGUGGACUUCGUGGGAGAAGUCACCUCUUUCCUUUUGGUCUGCAUGCACAUGGAACCAGCCUCCUCUCACCUCCCACAUUCUCUCACUAUAGGACCACCCAUCCUGCUUGCUAUGGGCUGGCCCACGUUCCUCAUAACAUGCAUCCCCCUGAGUCUGGUGUGCGAUCUCUGGGGCAUGGAUAACUGUGGCGACAGCAGUGACCAGGCUUCCUGACCACCAGCCAACUGCAGAGGUCCCUCUCUGAUGCCCAGCCAGGAGGGGAGUACAGAGGCUGACACCUCCAGGCCCACUGUCUCCCCAGCUCUCGGGUCAGCAGGCCCCCUCCAGAGUGCAGCUGGGAGCAGUCCCCCAGCGGGCCGGGGCCCUGCACAACAGGAGGCAGCUGCGGAAGGAAGAUGGUCUUGUUACCACCUGCCCCCACUCCUCCAGGUGUAGGGAACCGGGGGAGCAGGCCAGGCUGAGACCU